AUGUACAAAAUAUUCUUGAAAGCUGCUUUGAUCCUUAUGGUCCUGACUUAUAAGGUGGACACCUACCCAUUAAAGAAUGAUGGAGCUAACCCAACUCCUAUGGUACCUCUAGCCUUGCGGUUGCCGCAGUUUCAGAAAAUACUGGCUUCUGAAGUACACAAAGAUCUCUUCAAACCAGAGAGAAACAGUAGACCAUUACCUGAUGUGCUGAAAUCUAUACUGCUGCCACCAGCCCUUGUUAAAGUGAAGCCUCCCAAGACUUCUGUGCCAAAAACGAUUGAGGUUUUGUGCCAUAUUGAUCGCAUUUAUGUGAGGGUUUUGAAGAGUAUGUUUACCAACCAAGAUGCUUGGAAGUAUCUCAAAGUGGGAACGUGCCCUGUGAAUCAAGUCACAGCGAAACAUUACUUCUUUCUAUAUCAUGUCAAUAGCUGUAAUGUAAAGCGUGAGGAAAAUGCAGACCGUGUAACUUAUUCGAACACACUCCACUAUGAGCCAAUAGUUAGUGGGCCAGUUGUCUGGGAACUGCCAUUUUCUGUGCCACUGGAGUGCCACUACAACAAGCAUCACCGUGCCUACCAAGUUGGCUUCCGUCCUGAAGUAACAGUAGGAACCAUGUUCUGGAGCCUCAGAGCAGGGUUCUCGCUCACAUCUGUAGAUGCAACCUGGAUGUCUCAUGCUCAUGGGCAGAGCUAUGUGAUUGGCCAGCCUAUGUUCUUUGAAGCCAGAGCUCCUCGUCAUGAGGAAGGAAAAAGACUCUAUUUGGACAAAUGUUUCAUCACUACUUCCUCAGACCCUGAAUCUACACCUCAAUAUGUGGUGUUGGACAACUAUGGAUGCAUGUUGGCCAGUGAGGGUGCUCAGAUGAAGUUCUAUGCAACCAGUGAGAAGAGUACAGUAAGAUUCUCUUUGAAAGCCUUUAUGUUCAAGGACAUGAUCUCCCAGUCAAAGAAGAUGAUGUUCAUUCACUGCGAAAUGUCUGUGGCCCCGGAAAUGCCAACUGCAACCACAAAAGCCUGUACAUAUGAUUCAAAUAACAAACGGUGGUCUGAGCUGUAUGGAAAUGACUCCGUCUGCUCUUGUUGCGACACGUCGUGCUCCAUGCCGGAACCCUCGGGUACAGUGACUGCCAGUGACACAUGGGAGCUUAAGGAAGACCGGGUUGAGGCGGACCAGGCACCUGCACCAAGAACUUUUUCAAAGGAGACAGGUUUAGAGCAUGCUGGAUUUGAGCUGGUCUCAGAUCCCGUGGAAGAAUGAAUGAAUGGUCUGACAUUAAUAAAUUUGUAAAAAACAAACAAAAAAAGCAAGCAUGUAUGUGUACAAUAUAUUGAGUGUAAAGAGAAGGGGAAACCUAACUUUCAUGUUAUCUUGAUGCAGUUGGGACAGGAGUGUAUACACAUCUGUACACUAGAUAUUAAGUGUAGUGGACUCGUGAGCAGAUGUGUCAACUUGCCAAUUAAUGUUAAAAUAAGUGCUAAACAAAUCACUUUACCACUAUGCAUGCACAGUAGCACACCCCCCCCCCCCCC